AUGGUUGUAGGUUUUGUCUUCUGGGUUACUCUUUACUUUUCUGGGAUCUCCAUUUCUGAACCAAAGUCUGAAUUUUUGGGUUUUUUGAUCGUGGGAUUUCUGGUUGCUUAUUCUGGGGUGUCACCGAGUUCCCUUAAUCAACUAGACAUCGAACCUUCUCUGGGUAUUUCGCCCCUGAUUCCUGUUGGGUUUACCUCUUUUGCUUUUAAUAUAUGGUUGUUGCUAGUAGCUGUGGCUUAA